AUGGCGGUUUUAUUGACAAUUGUGGCCCUACUAGCCGUAGGGACGAGAGCGCAGGAGUCUACAGUGUACGUGGAGAACCCUCGAGAUUCUGACGCCACACUGAACUUGGAACCUGUCACCACGGGAGGGUUCAAUGCUAUCCUCGUUAACGGAGCCGACCGAAAACUUCUCGGACAAAUUGGAAGGACUCUAUUCUCUCCGUUUGUCGAUGAAGAAAUAGAAGGUGGUACUUUAAUAAGCUAUGGCACAACGAAUCUGACAGUAAAUACACUUUACGAUGAAGAGAGAGAAGCUAGGGGUAUCAAGUUCACGUGGCUUGCUGAAACUGGAAUAAGACUUGAAGACUGUAUUAAUUUUGGUACUGAUCACUGGUACGCGGGACCGAUGCAGGUCGACCAACUAUACCCAAUUGAGAAUGCUGCACAGACCUACUCAGCGAAUUAUAACAAAGAAACAGACAACGGAGCCAUCAUGGAAAGAUAUUGGCUCAACUCUGCAGGAGAAUACGUCUACGUCCAUUCCGAGGUCCCUCUAUUUGUUGACUACAAAAAUCUUUACAACAACCAUCUCUGUUUCGGAGCCCAGAUAGCAAACCCUUACUCAAAUAGGAGGACGAGAAUAGUAUUGGCCUACGACAUUUGGUUUCUCCCAGACGUGAAAUCAGCACACAAGCAUGCAGUCGAUAAUUAUUUAGGCAAGCCUUUAGAUAUACCUGAUGAGCUUAUGGUGAGACAUCCGAUCUGGUCAACAUGGGCCCAGUACUCGAGAGAUAUCGACGAAACUAAACUUCUAGAUUUCGCACAGCAAAUUCUUGAUAACGGUUUUAACAAUUCUCAAUAUGAAAUUGAUGAUCAAUGGGAGGUCUGCUACGGUUCUUUGACAGUGAAUCAGGAGAAGUUCCCGGAUUUCCGUGGGACAGUAUCAAGUCUUAAGGAGCUUGGUUAUCGAGUCACUAUCUGGGUGCAUCCUUUCAUUAAUCUAAAUUGCGAACCUUGGUACUCAGAAGCGCUAAACAGUGGUUUCUUCGUUUUGGAUGAGUCAGGCAGCCCCAACACGACAUGGUGGAACAACAAUGGCACUGUGGCAGGCUACAUCGACUUCACUAACCCUCGAGCAGCUGAAUGGUGGUACCUGCGGGUGUCUGCACUUCUGGAGAACUAUGAUAUUGAUAGCAUCAAAAUUGACGCAGGAGAAGCUAGCUUUGCACCAGAGAUAUCCGAUUUAACUGGUGACAUCGAACUCCAGCCCCACAUCCUAGUUCAAGAAUACGCCAAGGUUUGCGCAAGAUUCGGCAAAAUGAUCGAAGUUCGAUCUGGUUUCAGGAACCAAGAUCUUCCAAUAUUCACUCGAAUGGUUGACCGAGACUCCAUUUGGGGACUUAACAACGGCCUCCCCACCAUCAUCACGACCACAUUCCAGAUGAACCUAAACGGUUACCCUUUCGUUCUGCCUGACAUGAUCGGAGGGAACGGAUACAACUUGGACCAUGAUCAAGCUGACCUUCCAACUAAAGAACUCUUCAUCCGAUGGGUUCAAGCCAAUACGUUCUUGCCCGUGAUGCAGUUUUCUUUUGCCCCGUGGAAUUUCGAUAACCAGACAGUAGAAAUAAGCCGCAAGUAUGUGGAUCUGCACGCUGAAUACGCUGACGUCAUAAUCAAGGCUAUGGAGAAAGCUGUCAGUGAUGGAACACCAGUCAAUGCACCCCUCUGGUGGCUAGACCCCACUGAUGAAGACGCACUCGUCAUUUGGGAUGAAUAUCUCCUUGCCGAAACUAUCUUAGUAGCUCCGAUACUGACAGAGGGCGCCACCUCUCGGGACAUCUACCUCCCAGCAGGAACCUGGUUCGAGGAAGGUGAUCACAACAGAACGGUUGAAGGUCCAACCUGGCUGAGAAACUACCCAGCACCGCUGGACACUCUGCCGUACUUCGUCAAAGAAGUUACUGAAUCGCCUAAUUCCCAAGCAUCCAUUAGUAAUUCCAUAUUUUUAGUAUCAAUGGGAAUUAUUUUCCAUUACUUCUUUAUGUAA